GGCGCUGUGGCUGCUGUUGAGGUGGUUGAGGCGGCGGCGGCGGCGGCUCUGGAGCAGCGGCUUCUCUCGGUGUCGCUCACACACACAAAAUGCUGGACUUCGCCAUUUUCGCCAUCACCUUCGUGGUGUUCCUCAUCUGCGCUGUGCUUCACCUGUACCCGGCAUCCAGGCAAGCAUCUGGCAUUCCAGGGAUGGCUCCUACAGAAGAGAAGGAUGGAAACCUACCAGAUAUUGUGAACACGGGGAGUCUUCACCAGUUCCUGGUUAGCCUACAUGAAAAGUAUGGAUCAAUGGCUUCUUUCUGGUUUGGACGAAGGCUGGUGGUUAGUUUAGGCUCCGUAGACCUCCUUAGAGAACACAUCAACCCAAACCGAACCUCUGAUCCAUUUGAGAUGAUGCUGAAGUCACUGCUGGGAUACCAGUCUGGGUUUGCAGGAGAUGCUGUUGAGAGUCAUUUGAGGAAGAAGGUUUAUGAAAGCGCCGUGAACAAAACCAUUCAGAGUAACUUCCCACUGAUGCUGAAGCUCGCCGACGAGCUGGUAUCAAAGUGGCUCUCGUACCCUGAAGCUCAGCAUGUCCCCCUGUGCCAGCACAUGUUAGGCUUUGCCAUGAAGUCCAUCACACAAGCAACAUUGGGCAGCUGCUUUGAAGACGAUCAACAAGUGAUCAACUUUCGAAAGAACCACGAUGCGAUCUGGUCUGAGAUCGGGAAAGGCUUUUUGGACGGAUCCCUUGAAAAAAGCUCAACCAGGAAAAAGCAUUAUGAUGAAGCUCUCACAGAAAUGGAAGACGUGCUGAAGAAAGUGGCGAAAGAAAGGAAGGGGAAAAGCUCCAGCCAGCAAGUGUUUAUGGAUGUCUUGCUACAAGGCAACCUGAGUGAAAAGCAGGUGCUGGAGGACAGUAUGAUCUUCUCGUUGGCUGGCUGUGUGAUUGCAGCAAACUUGUGCAUUUGGUCAUCGUAUUUUUUGGCAACAUCUGAAGCAGUGCAGGAGAAACUGUAUCAGGAGGUGAACCAGGUUCUGGGGAAGAGCCCACUCACCCUGGAGAAGCUGCAGGAGCUCAAGUACUGCCAGCAAGUUCUGAAUGAGACUAUCAGGACAGCAAAGCUGACCCCAGUGGCAGCCCGACUCCAGGAGCUGGAAGGGAGCGUCAAUCAACACAUUAUCCCUAAAGAGACUUUGGUAAUUUAUGCCCUGGGUGUGGUGCUUCAGGACAGUACAGCAUGGCCCUUACCUUACAGAUUCGAUCCUGAAAGGUUUGAUGAUGAAAAUGCGAAGAAGCAGUUGACCCUGCUGGGGUUUUCCGGGAGUCAGGAGUGUCCAGAACUCAGAUUUGCUUAUACCAUGGCUAUGAUUGUGCUGUGCACGGUGAUCAGGAAGCUGCGGCUGCAUCCGGUGCAGGAUCAAGUCGUGGAGAUGAAAUAUGAGCUUGUCACGUCUCCUAGAGAAGAAGCCUGGAUCGCUGUCAGCAAAAGGAGCUAGAGCCAGCCUGGGGACACAGAGGUUACACGAUAAUAGAACUGUCAGAGAGGUUGCCCUCUCUGGAGGUGUGGCAUUGACUGUUAAAGAUCUAUGAUCAAAUUAAUACAGUUGGAUUCCUUCUAUUGUCACUUUCGAUUGCAGGCCACCCAGAUCCACCAAACCAAAACAGUUCGCAUGAAGCAACAAUUACAGGGUUUUGCCACAAGCAGCUCUAUGGAAUGGAUUUAGGGGCAUCUCUUCCAGAAGAGAGUCACUGGAUCUGCCAUCCCUUUCUUGUGCUGAUUUGUGGUGGCUUCUGAAUGUUUUUCCGGCAUUCAAAGUGGAGCCCCAAUCUUGUCCUGCUGAGGCAGUGUUUGUGUACGGAUGUCAGCUGUGUAACUUGAGAAGUUACGUGUAUGACAGUCAAAAAAGGAAACAUUGAUUGAAAACUCAGAUGGAUCUGAGCAUUUGGUAGAGAUUUUAUGGGGACUGAUGGACGGAGAAUACGAAGUGACAGUAUGUGAGAUGACAAUUGACUGUGUUCAUGAUGGGAAGUUAUAAUCUAUAGAUUUACAUUAUAAUAAUUUCACUAAUGCCAUAUGGAGGAUUUUGUUAAUUAUAAUUCAUGUGGCUGCUUAUUCCGUUUUAAAGAUGGGUUUGAUUUGGAGCGAGAGUGGAAGAAGCGAUCAUUGCUCAGGUGUUAUCCUCUGUAUAGUACAUAACAGCUGCCAUGUUCGCCCACAGUAUAUCCUGUGAAACGCUUUGAGACAUCUCAAUGACCUGAUAAGGUGCAACAUCAUAUGCAAGAAUAAUUAUUAUAUACCUUACUGCAACCAUUUUGCACUGCUCUCUACAGACAGUCUAACCGUAUGGUUAGAUCUAUUUUGAUGACUGCCUGCUAAUGGAAUACUUGGAUCAAGGGAGAUUUUUUUUAAAUUAAAGACUUAUUUUCCCUCAGAA